UUUUUUUUUUAAAUAAAGAAAAGAUUGAACUUAUUAAAUUGAUAUUUAUUCUGAGAAGAAGAGUGAUAUUUUGAAAAAUAAGCUCAAAACUCCAAAAUUCAUGUUGAAAUUAAUUAAUUAAUGUAUGAAGCUGCUGAACUGAAACCAUCAAAAGAAACCUCAAAACUCACCACCAAUGGCUCACGAGUCAUUCAAAUCAAUGUUGAUUCAAACCCAAUACAUCUACAUGUAUACCUAAGCCAACCCAAUCUUCGCUGAAAUCAAAUCUUCUCUCUCACGGUGGUCUUGUUCGUGCUCAGUGGUCUCUUGUCCUCGUCAUCGCUCACGGUAUAUCAUCCAUAUAUUGGAGUGUGUCGAUUCCUUUGUUCUUAUUGUUUUGUUUUCCUCAAUAAAUUGCUAAGUGCCAGUUACUCUCAUAUUGGCGUUAAUAGUUGUAGAUAUUAGUAAACAAGCUUGGAGAGCAUAAGCCUAAGAAUCUAGUGAUGGCUCUAAGGAUGAUCGAGUUUUGUAACACAAAGAUAUCUUGGAGCAUGUCAUAGUUGAAGUCCAUUCAUCUUCGUUAGCCAUCUUAGGUUCCUCUCAAAACUCAAACCCAGUACUUUUAUAAAUCCUGGGUUUUCAACUUUCAAUAAUCUCCUUUUCCUCUCAUUAGCAAAAGGAUACAAAUUCUCUCUCUUCUCAAGGUACUUUCUUUAUGUUUUCAAUGUUUUAAGCAAUUGGUAUUUCAGAUAUCCACAAAACCCUUAAAGCCAUAAAUAGUUCUUGUUCAUUCUUAUUUACAAUUCAUAUUAGUAUCCAUGUCUUUAUCCAAUGCCUCCUUUUGGGUAAGUGCAAAACCUUCAAUUUCUAGUACAUUCCUGCAAAACCCAAAACCCCUUUUGUUUCCCAUUCCUCUUCAUAAUGGUGGCUCUCGAUCUUCAUCAAUCCCUAAAGUUCAUUGUGGCAUACGAGAGUUGAGAGAGCGAAUUGAUUCAAUAAAGAAUAUCCAGAAGAUAACCGAAGCCAUGAAGCUUGUUGCCGUUGCCAAGGUUCGCAGAGCUCAAGAAGCAGUGAUCAAUGGCCGGCCCUUUUCAGAGACUCUUGUUGAGGUUCUGUACGACAUUAAUGAGCGGCUUCAGUUUGAAGACAUAGAUGUUCCUUUGACAAAUGUUAGACCCGUGAAGAAAGUUGCCCUUGUAUCCAUUACAAGUGACCAAGGUCUUUGUGGUGGUUUCAACAGUGGAAUUAUCAAAAAGGUCGAGAAUCGUAUCACUGAUUUGGAGAAACUUGGAUUGGAUUACACUGUUGUUAGUGUUGGGAAAAAGGGCAACUCUUAUUUUAGUUGCAGGCCUAAUUUUCAUGUAGAUAAGUUUAUUGAGGCAGGGAGUUUUCCAACUACGAAAGAGGCUCAGACUAUUGCUGACAAUGUUUUCUCGCUCUUUCUCAGCGAAGAAGUUGAUAAGGUUGAGCUUGUUUAUACCAAGUUCUUGUCUUUGAUUAGAUUUAGUCCUGUUAUUCAUACCUUGCUUCCUUUAUCACCAAAGGGAAAGGUUGUUGAUGUGAAUGGGAAUAGUGUUGAUGCAUUUGAAGAUGAGUUUUUUAGGCUUACAACUAAGAAAGGGAAGUUGAGUGUGGAGUGGGAUAAAGCUAAAAAAGGAAGCAAAGGAUUGUCCCCUCUCAUGGAAUUCGAGCAAGACCCUGCUCAUAUUCUUGAUGCUAUGAUGCCUUUGUAUCUGAAUAGCCAAAUACUAAGGGCAUUGGAAGAAAGUAAGGCUAGUGAGCUUGCCGCGAGGAUGACUGCUAUGACUAAUGCAACUGAUAACGCAGCCGACUUAAUUAAGACUCUUUCAACCGCCUACAAUCGCGCAAGACAGGCAAAGAUUACUGGAGAGAUUUUGGAAAUUGUUGCAGGAGCUGAAGGAUUUAGAAAUAUGGACUAAAUUUUGAAUAUCCUUUUUCAUUGUAUUCUCUUUGUACCAUAUAUACAAAGUCAUCACUUGGAUGAUUUUUUCUUCUUUUUUUUUUUUGAACUAUUUUGUAUUCAUGUCUUGAUUGAUUGAGUAUACACCCUUUGAAUUAACUUCUGAAAUGAAAACAAAAUGAUGUUGUUUUCAAUCA